CGCCAUUAAAAAAACCCGAAACAGGCUGGAUCGGAGCGGGUGAGGGGGGCCGGCCCCCACGUGACCCCCGGUCCUCAUGAAUAUGCAAAUCCGGCGUUCCGGCCCCGCCUCCCCCACAGUGCACCGCGCUGCUAGGCGACGGGCGGCGGAGCGUCCGUCCGUUGGGCGGGCGGGCGCAGACGGGGCCAUGAGCUCCUUCGGGGAGGCGUCCCCGGCGCCGGGGCCCUCCGCGCCGGCCCCUCCGGAGGACGGCAUGAGCUGGUGGUACCAAGCCCUCUGCCGCCUGGCCGCGGUCAUGGGCGCCAUCGCGUGUGCAGUUUCUGGCCUCUUCAGCUGCGUCACCGUUCACCCGCUCAACAUAGCGGCUGGCGUGUGGAUGAUGUUAAACGCCUUUGUCCUGGUGCUCUGCGAAGCCCCUUUCUGCUGCCAGUUCAUUGAAUUCGCGAACCUCGCGGCCGCCAAGGCCGAUCGGCUGCGCCCUUGGCAGAAGGCCGUCUUCUACUGCGGGAUGGCAGCGGUCCCCAUCGUCAUCAGCCUGACCCUGACCACCCUGCUGGGAAACGCCAUCGCCUUCGCCACCGGCGUCCUCUACGGCCUCUCCGCUCUGGGCAAAAAGGGAGACGCAAUCGCCUACGCGCGGAUCCAGCAGCAGAAGCAGCAGGAUGAGGAGAAGCUGGCGGGGACGAUGGAAGGACAGCUGUGAGACCCCCCCGAUGCCCACUCCCUAUCUCUCUUCGGCGUCCCGGGGCCCCGGAAGGGCCGCACGGAGCCGGGACCGGGGAGCUCCGGGGAACC